GCGAGUUGUAUAAACUAUGGACAGGUGAGGGAUUCGCCGAAGGCCCCUCCCUUUCAAAAACCACUAUAAGAUUCUACAAAUCCUCAGGCUGGAACCAGAAGCAUUGCAAAGCUUUUUUCUUACAAAUCCAGCAAAGUUCCAUUAACAGACAUGCCAGCGGGUGAUCUCUUCACAGUCACAGCAGUCCGAGGGGGCACCAAGCCGGAGGCAGGGGAAUGCAGGAGCAAGCAGAAGGAGUACCAACUAGUACAGGUGAAGAAUACUUGGUGCCGCGUUGAAUGCGGUCAAGAAAUGCCCACAACUUGGGAGGAAGAUCAAGUUAUUGUCUCCCAGGCUAAAAUAGCUGAACAGGUAACCGAGUACGGUGUCUCCUGGACUGUGAAAGCUCCAAUUUAUUUCUGUUACAAAGUGAUAGAAACUCAACAUCUUCUAAAUCCAACAAACAUGACCCUCCUCUAUGGCCACGUGUCAGACCCUCAAGAACUAGAUGACUACCAGAAGAAAACGCAAAAGCGCUUCGUUGUGAUGGACGCAACCGUGGAACAACUUUACGGUUCAAAGCUCAGGAAAUACUUUGAAGCCCACAAUGUUGUUUACAAGAUCCUUACCCUCGAGACCACCGAAGAAACCAAGUCGAUGGACCUCGUCCUGCAUAUCUUGGAAGAAGUCCACAAGUUUGGCCUUGACAGACGCACUGAACCAAUCAUUGCCAUUGGAGGAGGGGUAUGCUUGGACUCCGUGGGUCUGGCAGCUUCACUUUACAGGCGCCGUACCCCCUACAUCCGAGUACCCACAACCCUUCUGUCCUAUGUCGAUGCCAGCGUGGGGGCUAAAAACGGAGUCAACUUCUGCAACUGUAAGAACAAGUUAGGGACCUACACCCCACCAAUUGCCACAUUGCUCGACAGGUCCUUUAUCCGGACCAUUCCACGUCGCCAAAUUUCUAAUGGCCUUGGAGAAAUUUUAAAGAUGGCUCUAAUGAAGCACAAGGGGCUAUUUGAACUGCUGGAGAAGCACGGCAAAUACCUUUUAGAUACCAAGUUCCAGUCCAGGAAUGGCCUUGUCUGCCAUGGUGAUGCUGCCCUAACAACCACAAGACUGGCCAUCCAGACUAUGCUGGAAGAACUCGCUCCAAACCUGUGGGAAGAUGACCUGGACCGAUUGGUGGACUAUGGACAUGUCAUAAGCCCGGAGUUAGAAAUGAAAGUGCUGCCAUCUCUCAUGCAUGGGGAGGCGGUAAACAUUGACAUGGCGUUUAUGACUUAUGUAUCGCAUGAAAUUGGGUUGAUCACAUCGGAGGAGAAGAAUCGCACAGUGCAGUGUAUGAGGAAGCUGGAGCUGCCGGUCUGGCACAGCGACUGCUCUCUCCAGCUUAUAACGAAAGCCUUGGCUGAGAGAUUCAAGCACAGCGGGGGAAAACUCCGCCUUCCACUACCCACUGGGUUGGGAAUCGCAGAAAUUUUCAACGAUGUGAAAGAAGAAAUAAUUAAGAGCGCAUUUGCAUCUUGGCAAGAAGAACUUGGAGAGUUGUCAACAUAAGCGAAGAACUUCCUAAUUGUCAUCCUUCGUGGAGGUUGAGCCAGAGAUCCCAACAUUUGUGAUAGAACUCAUUAGAGAAGAAGUUCACAUUGUCUUUCUUAGUUUAAGAAUCCAGGUGAAUGAAAUCUGCUGUUCAUAUGUGUGGUAGUUUGCUGGACUUUGGGAUCUCAGAUUAUUAGGAAAAUCGAAUCUCUCUGGAUAAUGCUUGAAAAUAUCUUCAAGGGAUUUCAACAAAUCGCUGGUUUAUGAAAGCGUGUCCAGAGGUAAAACAUGCUGUAAAAAGUGCAUGAACCUAUCGCAACCAAUCAGAUUCCAGCUGACUGAAGUCAAAAAAAGUGGAAGAUAAAUUGUGAUUGGCUGCUAUGGGCAACUGUCCCUUGCAUGCUGCUAUUUGCUUAGUAGGCAUAGGAGUGUAUUGGGUCAUUUGGCUCAGGGCACCUUAUCUAUGGUGUGAGUUAGGGAACGGAGAUCGGUUUGGUUGUUAUGUGUGGGGUAUUAUUAUUUUAUAUAAUUCUGUUAUAUCAGCUCCAGUGCGGGCAUUGGAGACUUUGGGCAGAGGGCCGAGAUGGCUCUAGAGCAGGGGUCUCCAAACUUUCUAAACAAAGGGCCAGUUUACUGUCCAUCAGACUUUGAGUGGACCGGACUGUGGCUAGUAAGAGUAGAAAAUGCCUGACAUCAAUGGGAGUAAAUAGUGCCCCACCAUUGGCAUCAUUGGGAGGAAUAGUGCCCCAUCAUUGGUGUCAGUGGGAGAAAUAGUACACCA